GAUUCUGGACUGGAAAUGACUGAAUCUCAGGUGGCUAUGGCUCCUGUAAUAACAUCAAAGUUGUCCCUUAAAGCACCUGAGUUUUAUCCAUCAGGAUAUAAUCAGAACUUUGCACAGUCACUGGCUGAUUCUUCCUUUGAAGAUGGAUAUGAUGGCUAUCUGACUUUGGCAGAAUAUGUACAAGACUUCCUAAAUCACCUCGCUGAGCAACCAGGUUGUUUUGAAACUGAAAUAGAGCAGUUUACUGAAAUAGUAUAUGGCUGGGUCACUGCAGAUGAAACUUUGCAAGAACUUGUUGAACUCGUAUAUCAGCAGACCACAACUGUCCCAAAUUUUUCCUACAUGGGAACACGGUUGUGUAACUAUCUAUCUCACCAUCUAACCAUUAGUCCACUAAGUGGGAACUUCCGACAAUUGUUACUUCAAAGGUGUCAAACAGAGUAUGAAAAUAGAGAUGAAGCUGCCAAAGGAGAUGAGACUGCUCGAAAACAAUUUCAUGCCUUUGUGUUGUUCUUAGCUAAACUUUACCUUAACCUAGAGAUUAAAGGAACAAAUGGACAGGUUAAACGAGCAGAAAUUCUUCAAGAAGGCCUUCGGGAAUUACUAAAUGUGCUCUUCUCUAAUCCUGUUGAUAAUAAUUUGAUGUGUGCAGUGAAACUGCUGAAGGAAAUGUUUGAGAGUGCCAUGAGCACCUUCAACAAUACUUUGACCUGUAGGAGAAUGAGGGAUGCCCGUAACAUGCCACACCUUCUCCACCCGGUUGCGGAGACCCUUGGAGGACGGGACCCCCUGGGCGCCCUUGGCCUCUCCGCCGAUAUCUGGCGCCCGUUUAACAGGGAGUCCUACUUCGCCGAGUUCUGCAGGGACGUAAGGCGGACGAAGGAGCUGAGGGAAGCGGUCGUGAAGGCAGCGCUGUCCCCGGCGCUGUAG